AUGAUUGCGACAACAAGCCAACAUGUUUUGUCAAAUAAUAACAAUCUACCAAUGAAGGGUGAUCCUCACAUCAACGCUAACAUUAAGCAAGAUUCACUAGACAGAGAUUCAGAAGCCCCAUUGCCGCCUCUUCCAGUUCCUGGAUUCUUUAAAAACGUCAGCGACCGAGUGUUGAAAGCAAGAGUAAAACUUUGCGAGGCACCAUAUGAUUUGGAGGCAUGGAAUGUCUUAGUAAAAGAUGCACAGGCAAAGCAUGUUGACGUUUCUCGUGAGCUUUACGAACAGCUGGUCACUCAGUUUCCAACAUGUGGACGGUAUUGGAAGCUAUACAUUGAACAAGAGAUUAAAUAUAAAAAUUAUGAAAAAGUUGAAAAGCUUUUUCAAAGGUGCCUCGUCAAGGUGCUCAACAUUGAACUGUGGAAAUGUUACCUAAGUUAUAUCAAGGAAGCAAAGACCAACUUGCAGUCAUUUCGCGAGAAAAUGGGUCAGGCGUUUGACUUUGCACUCGACAAGAUGGGAAUCGACAUCAGCUCCUAUUCCAUAUACAACGACUAUGUCCAAUUCCUGAAGGGUGUCGAUGCGCAGGGAAACUACGCCGAGAACCAGAAAAUCUCCGCCGUGCGACGCGUCUACCAGCGUGGCAUCCUCAUUCCCAUGGCGAAUAUUGAAUCAUUCUGGAAAGACUACCUCAAUUACGAGCAGAGCAUCAACCAAAUGUUUGUCGAGAAGGCCAUUUCAGACCGCUCCAAAGACUACAUGAACGCCCGGCGGGUGGCCAAGGAGUUUGAGGUGAUCACCCGUGGACUGAACCGAAAUGCACCCGCCACGCCGCCCACCUCUUCAGCGGAGGAAGUUCGCCAGGUGGACCUCUGGAAGCGGUACAUCUCCUGGGAGAAGGGAAAUCCGCUGAAGAGCGAGGACUCCACUCUGGUCAUCAAGCGAGUGGUUUUCGCCUACGAGCAGUGCCUCCUCUGUCUGGGCCACCAUCCCGACAUCUGGUACGAGUACGCGUCCUACCUGGAGGAGAACAGCAAGCUGAUGGCGGAGAAGGGCGACAUGAACCACCACAAGGCGCUGCAAGAGGACGUCGCCUCGCUCUACGAGAGGGCCACCUCCACGCUGCUCAAGGAGAACGUCCUGCUCCACUUCUCCUUUGCAGACUUUGAAGAGUCUCGUAACCGGAAGGAGGAGGCAAUGAAGAUAUACGAGAAGCUAGUGAAGAUAAAGACGGAAGGCUUUGAUCCGACCUUGAUUUACAUUCAGUACAUGAAGUUCUCCAGGCGGACGGAGAGCAUCACCUCGGCGAGAGGUAUCUUCAAGAGGGCGCGAGAGGAUCCGCGCUGCAACUACGAGAUCUACUCUUCGGCAGCCCUCAUGGAGUACUACUGUAGUAAAGACAUCAACAUUGCCUGCAAGAUUUUCGAGCUUGGCCUGAAGAAGUUUCCCCACGAGUCGAACUACAUUCUCUCCUACAUUGAUUUUCUCAGUCACCUCAACGAGGAGAACAACAUUCGAGUGCUCUUUGAGCGGGUCCUCUCCUCCGAUGCCCUGCCACUGGACAAGUCGCUCGAAAUAUGGAAUAAAUUCCUCGAAUUUGAAUCGCAAAUCGGCGACCUGCCAAGCGUGAUCAAGGUGGAGAAGCGGCGCUCGGCGGUGAUUGACAAGCUGCAGCGGGCCGCCUCGGAGACCUCGUGGAUCGUCGAUCGCUACAAAUUUGGCAGUCUAAUGCCGUGCAGCGCAGAGGAGCUGAAGUCAAUUGGCUACGUGGUGGAGGGCAGCGGCGGCGGCAGGGGAAGCCAUAUCAAUAGCGGCAGCGGUGGAAGCGGCGGCGGCGGCGGUGCUGGCAGUGCUGGCAAGAAUGCCACUGGCGGCGCAUCCGGCGCUGGCAACGGCGCCCUCGGAGCCGCCAGCAGCCUGGAAUGUCCGCCCGCCGCGCCCAAGGCACGCGUCUUCCUUCCCAACCUCACUCAGAUGGUGCCCUUCAAGCCCGUGCAGAGCCCAGCCGUGAUCCACAUCAUGGAAAGUAUGAUGGCCUACUGCUCUACCACAAAGUUUGAAGACACUUCUGAAGCUCCCACUUUUUUAUCUUCCACUUUUAUUGAUGACUUCGCCUUCUCUACCGCCGCGUGUGAACUGUACAGCAACAUCAAUGAUGACAUCACAAACAAUGAUGCAACUAACUUGAAAAGUAGAGAUCUCAUUGAAGAAGAACUUAUUAAUGAGCUUGAAGAUAGUCGGAAGAAAAUAAAACGCCUGGAAACUGAUCUGAAUUAUCAUCGCCAGCACAUUGACACAAUUGCAGAGGAGCACAGUGAGUUGUCAAAAAGUCUAAAUGAAUAUAAAGUGCAACUCCGAAAGAAGGAUGAAAAACUGGAGAUUCUUAAUAAAACGGUUAACUCUCUCAAAUGCGAACUUGAAAGUUUCUACCAUACGGACACUUCGGCAAAUGAGACCACUUCUUCAGUUAGUGAACUUCAUGGCACCAUUAGCUACAGCAGCGAUUCUGCUAAUAACAUACAGCAGGUGAGUAGCUGUACAGUUGAAACUAAAGCUGUUGAGCCGAAAAAGGAGGGCGACGUGCCGGACUGCGAUGUUCUGAAGGAGUUUAUCACAAAGUACAAUGAAUCAUUAGAAGAAAUUUUCAAAUUGAAAGAAGAAGUCAGUCGGCUCAAUAAGGUGAUUGUUGACUUGAAGGACAUUAUCUCGUACCGUGAUCAAAUGGUCUCCACAAAUUGCAGUCAUACCUCAAGCCCGUCUCCUUCCACUCCAAUCCCAACUCUGGCCGAUGAACUGAGCAUUGAAAAUCAAGAAAUGCCUUCAGUUAUAAUGAAAGCUGGAAAUCUAGACUUAUCAUAUGAGAAUCUGGUCAUUCACACAACCUUUAAUGUACCUUCAGAGGAAAAGAGCAACAACGAAAAUGACAAAGCGCCUUCAGAAGAAAAGAGCAACAAUGAAAACAAGGAAAAAGUGCCCUUAGACCGAAAGAAGUGUAUGUAUUUUGUUCUCAUCACCUUUAUUGCUCUGAUUUGUAAGGGGAUCCUCCUGUUGGAGCCGACCAUCAAGUUGGAAUCGGAACUAAAGCCCUACUACACUAUUCAGGAAAUUACCUCAGACUUUUUUAACCUACUUGCCUUGUACUUUUAA